AUGACAGUCUACGCCGACUGGUGCGGCCCUUGCAAACAGAUCGCACCCCACGUCGAACGUCUCGCGAGAGAACACUCCAAACCGAACAAGGUCGCCUUCUGCAAGAUCAAUGUCGACAGCCAGUCCACCAUUGCCCGCACCCACGGCGUCAGCGCCAUGCCCACCUUCAUCAUCUUCCACGGCGGCCAGGCGAUCGAGACCAUCAAGGGCGCGAACCCGCCCGCCCUCACACAGGCCAUUCAAAACGCGCUGAAGCUUCCUGAUAAGGGCGGUCGCUCCGCAACCUCGUUCAAGACCCCCGGCCGGACGCUCGGCGGGGAUAAGCCCGCGCGGGCGAGUCUCCAGCGGCCGUUUGCGUGGCACUACCGCGAUGUUCUGAGUAACAUCAUUACGUUUAUUGGACUGUAUCUGGUGUCUUUGUUUGCGAUUGAUCCCCACAAGGCGGCCGAGAUGUCGCAAUUUAACCGCGUAAACCCGCCCCCACCGGCGGUCAAAUCCACAAAGAGUGCUGGCCCCGGCACGAGACAGCCGCCGAGGGGGCCAGCUUUCAAGACCCUGGCUGAUUUGGGUGGCGAUGAGUGA